AUGGCCGUAACCCUUCAAGAUGAUUUCAGUGAGUUUCAACUCUUCCAACGUGGCACACAUUAUAGUUCGGAAAACAGAACUCACUCUCGCUCGAUCACUUCAUCUCCACGGCUAACGCAAGGUGCAGUUUACGACCAUGUACUCGUGCACCACAUGACGACACAACGCAUCCGAUUUCUCCAAGAUUGUACGGAGAAACUAAGCUUCAAAUGGGGGAUCAAGAUGACAGACGGGUUGAUCAACGACAAGACCAUGACGGAGGGAUGUUGUAAGAACAUUUUGAUGAUUGGAAGAGAAUGUCAUCAUGAAUGACUGAUGAAUCUCAUUUUCUCCACUUAUGAGCUAAAGAAUAUUGGAUAUGAGGUGAUUUCAAGGAGCAAGGUGACUUGGGACAAAUGUGUUCAGACCACUGCUUCUCGGAUGGCUCCUCUGGCUUUUGAAGCUUGA